CUCACGCAUUCAAUAUAAGGAACGAAUCGGCCAUUUCCCCUUUACCUGGACAACGGAGUUAACACCAUUGCACCAUAUAACACUUGCUUAUCUGAGGACAAAGCAAUUGGAGGCCAGGAAUAUUAAUUACAUUAAGCAUCUUAUAUCAAGUCUCUGAUAACCGAGAAUCCUUUAUUUUUAAUCAACCGGUACUAUCGUCCUUGUAUUUGGAAAUAAAGAAGGAAAGAGCCUUUAUGGACAGAUUGCAGCCACGAAACCCAAAGACAAGGGUUUUCCUUUCUUAUGCAUUUGACUGGAUAUUCUGUGCGAUCCUUUUGGCCCUGUUCUUUUUACUGGAUCGAGUGGAGCCAUUUCAUCGUGAGUUCUCAGUCGAGGACAGAGCCAUUAUGUUUCCAUACGAGCCUAAGGAAACAAUCGCUGUAUGGGCAGUAGUCUUAAUUACAGGUGUCUUUCCCUUAGUAGUAAUUUUGGUUGUGGGGUUAGGGAUAAGACGGAGUCCGUAUGAUUUCCAUAAUGGGAUCUUGGGGCUGCUGUUGUCUAUUUUGAUGACCACCAUGUUCACUCAAGCCAUGAAGGUGACAGUCGGAAAACAUCGCCCAGAUUUUUUAGCGAGAUGUAACCCGAUGUUGAUGGGCUUACCUGUAGUAAAGGAUAUUCCUCUUCGUCUGUGGACAGUGAGGGUAUGUUCACAACCAGACCACCAUAUACUGAAGGAUGGGAUGCGCUCGUUUCCUUCUGGACAUGCUUCAACUUCGUUUGCAGGGCUAACGUACAUUUCACUUUGGAUGGCAGGGAAAAUGCGAGUGUUCGACAGAAGAGGAUAUUCCCUUAAAGUGGUCCUUUUGAUUGUUCCUAUCCUUGCGGCAUUACUGGUGUCAAUCUCUCGCAUCCAAGAUUAUCGUCAUGCAGGAGUAGAUGUAACUUGGGGUGGGAUUAUUGGCAUCAUCUUUGCAAUCUUCGCUUAUCUUCAAUAUUACCCUUCACCGACCUCCCCAUAUCCAGAUGUCCCUAACCCACCACGCCACCUUCCAUGGAUGCCGCGGAAUAAUGAAGGACAAGGAGCGGGAUCGAGUCGAUUGGAGAAUGCUACUGGAAUUCAACAUAAUCAUGACCUUGUGGAUGAGUCGAGACACGUACAAAAUAAUAGUGUAUAUGAAGGACAAGCAUAUAAUGAUGACGGAGCAAGAGUAGGGACCACUGUUCAGCGUGAUAGGGCCGUUUGAGAAAGGCACAGAGAAUGGACGAGUGAAACAAACCCUACGUAGCAACAAUUGCAGCAGCAACAGUCUCAGUCUGUCUCAUGUACAGGAUGUAAUCGUGUGGCUGCCGAUCCUGUUGUGCCAAG